AUGGCUCAGAACAACUCCAAUGCGGUGAUUCCGCUCCUCAUCAACAAUGAGUCCGUUGUGACCGACGUCAAGUUCGAGGUCCACGCCCCCGCCACGGGCGAGCUGUCGAGCUACUGUGCUGGUGCCUCGGUCGACGAUGCGGUUCACGCCAUUGAAUCCGCAAAGGCAGCCUUCCCCGCUUGGAGCAAGACCAAGGCAUAUGACCGCCGCGAUAUUCUGUUCAAGGCUGCUGAGGUCAUGAUUGCGCGCAAGGAGGAGCUGAUCGCGUACCAGCAAGAGGAGACUGGUGCGGGGCGGCCCUUUUCCGAAACAACCUUCGAAUUGGGUGUCAGCUUCAUCAAGGACUUUGCGGCGCGUAUUUCCACGAUCGAAGGUGUCGUGCCCAACGUGACCGUGGAUGGAGAGGGCGCGAUGGUCUAUAAGGAGCCGUACGGUGUGAUCUUGUCAAUUGCGCCCUGGAACGCUCCCUUCAUCCUGGGCAUGCGCGCAGUCGCUCUGCCCCUCGCUGCCGGUAACACUGUCGUCCUGAAGGGCUCUGAGCUCUCCCCCAAGUGCUUCUGGGCCCUCGGGGAUAUCUUCCGCCAGGCGGGUCUUCCUGCCGGAUGCUUGAACGUGGUGUUCCACCAGACUUCCGAUGCCGCGGCUGUUACCACCGCUCUGAUUGCCCACCCUGCCGUUCGCAAGGUCAACUUCACCGGUAGCACCAAUGUUGGUUCCAUUAUUGCCUCGACUGCCGGCAAGUACAUCAAGCCCGUUCUUUUGGAGCUGGGCGGAAAGGCUUCCGCGAUUGUUUUGGACGACGCAGACCUCGAUAAGGCGGCCCUGAGCUGUGCGCUUGGAUCGUUCCUGCACUCGGGACAAAUUUGCAUGUCCACCGAGCGCAUCGUCGUGCAACGUGCUAUCGCCGACCAAUUCCGCCAGAAGCUCGUCGCAAAUGCCGAGCAGCUCUUUGGCAAGGAUGCUCCGGCUCAGAGCCUCGUCAACGCCGCCGCCGUCACCAAGAACAAGAAGCUCGUUUCGGAUGCCGUCUCUCGCGGCGCUAAUGUCCUCUUCGGAGAUGCCAGUGCCAAUGAGUCCGUCAACACAUGCAUGCGCCCUAUCAUCGUCGACGGAGUUACCAAGGAGAUGGACCUGUAUGCGACCGAGUCUUUCGGCCCAACCGUGUCCUUGAUUGUGGUUGAUACCGAGGAUGAAGCCAUUGCUGUGGCCAAUGACACCGAGUACGGCCUGACCGGGGCCGUAUUCACUCAAAAUUUGUUCCGCGGUCUUCGUGUCGCCAAGCAGAUUGAGUCUGGUGCCGUUCACAUUAACUCCCUAACUGUUCACGAUGAGCCUGGCCUGCCCCACGGUGGUUGGAAGAGCAGCGGUUUCGGCCGCUUCGGCGGUGCCACUGGUUACGAUGAGUUCCUGCAAACCAAGACUGUCACCUGGAUGGAAUAA